AUGGCGGCGUCCCCGCCCUCUCCCCCUCCGCCUCCCGCCGUGGUCGCCGUCCGGAGCCCCGCCCACCAGUCGCCGUCUCCGAACCUCGCCAACUUCUUCGUGUGGAGGGAAUUUGUGUGGGGAGCAAUUGCAGGCGCAUUUGGAGAAGGCAUGAUGCAUCCAGUUGACACUCUGAAAACAAGGCUUCAGAGUCAGGCUAUAAUGACAGGGGCUCAGGCUCAGAAGAAUAUUUUUCAGAUGGUCAGGACAGUUUGGGCUUCUGAUGGUCUGAGAGGUUUUUACAGAGGAAUCGGUCCAGGUGUUACUGGUUCACUUGCUACAGGUGCAACAUAUUUUGGUGUUAUUGAAUCAACUAAGACAUGGCUGGAGAAUGCUAAUCCUAAUCUAAGUGGUCAUUGGUCUCACUUCAUUGCUGGAGGAAUCGGAGAUACACUUGGAUCUUUCAUCUAUGUGCCGUGCGAAGUCAUGAAACAACGAAUGCAAGUCCAAGGCUCUAGCAAAUCUUGGGCAUUAAAUGCUACAAAAGGAAAUGUUUCUCAAUCUCCUGGGACUCAGAUGUAUGGCUACUAUAAUGGAAUGUUCCAUGCUGGUCGUUCUAUCUUGAGAGAUCAUGGUCUGAAGGGACUCUAUGCAGGGUAUGGGUCUACGCUUGCCAGGGAUGUCCCUUUUGCUGGUCUAAUGGUAACAUUCUACGAAGGACUGAAAGAUCUGACUGAGUACGGGAAGAUGAAGUAUUUUCCAGACAGUGAUUUACAAGUCAGCAACUCCUUUGAAGGGCUUGUUCUAGGAGGAUUAUCAGGCGGUUUCGGUGCAUACUUGACAACCCCCUUGGAUGUGAUCAAGACAAGGCUGCAAGUACAAGGAUCAACCACUAGGUACGAUGGGUGGUUGGAUGCUAUUAAAAAGACAUGGGCUUCCGAGGGAGCAAGUGGCUUGUUCAAGGGGAGCGUUCCCAGGAUAAUAUGGUACAUACCCGCAUCUGCAUUCACGUUCAUGGCAGUGGAGUUCCUGAGGGAGAAUUUCAACGAGAAGAUCGAUACAGAUGCGGAGAUGCCCCUGACCUGACUGCCCUCUCAACGGUUAUGACAAGAUCGAUACACUUCUUUUUACUGUGCAAGAGAGAAUUGACCCAGAGGAAUUUUUUUGGUUUGUCUGGCAUUGAAGAUUGUUUCACUCGUGUAGAAGUAGAAAUGCGUUCUUCAGUUCUGUGGAAUUUUUUGUAAGUAGGAGACGGAAACAGAGAAACUGACCAUCCUUGGGCAAGCCGGAAUUUUUGGGAGUUAGGAAUCAGCAUUCUUUAGGGGCAGAUCUUCUUAGCCCGUCUUGGAGCUAGCUGCUGCAUCAGUUCCAUUUGUAGCUCCUGCUAUUCUUUGUCACAUCUAAGAUUGUGAAUAAGGU